AUGAAUAUUAAAAUUGUAUUAUUUGUAUUCUUAUUAUCUGUUGUAAUCUCAAUCUCUAUGGCUAGUUCGACUGCCGGUUCUUCGAGAUGGGCAACUACAACUGGUGAGCCAGCAGCUCCACCAACAACUGGACAACCAGCUACUACCACCGGUGAUGAAUGUCACGAAUGUGAGCCAACUCCAGUCGAGUGUCAUGAGUGCGAUCCACUUCCAAGAGAGUGUGUUUUCGACCAUAAUGAUCCGGAUGCCUUAAUCAAGUUGAAUCUCUGUUUGAGAGCUAGAAUCAGAGGACCAGUUAAUUUAGAUGCUCACGCCGAAGCACAUGCUAGAGUAACUGCUCACUAA